GUGUGACAUAUAUAAAAAUAUAUAAAAUAUAUAAAAAGACAGAAACAUUCAUGUACACAUAGGAUGAAGGAAGGUUUGCUCUUAAGAGGUUUGUGGGUGGUUUUGAGAAAAGCUGUUGAAAUAUAGUCCUGAAAAGGACUGUUCAAUAAGGCACACAUGAAUUUGUGAGGCACACAUGUGGCCUUCACACACAGCUUUCUGUUGAGCUGAUAUUUAUUUACUCCCCGAAGACAGAUGGACAAGUGUUCUGCAGUGGGGAUACAACACCUGUAGUUAGUGUCCUGGUGGCUAAUUCGUCCUCCAAUGUGGGACAGCAGUUCCUCAAACAGGGCCCUGGAUAGACAGAAUUACCACUGAGAGCGACCCUCAUCCAGACGCAGCUCUUGGAGUAGGUGAUGGUACUCUUCAAACUGCUUCCAACUCUGGAGAAUCUGGUGAACCCAGAGACGUUGACGCCAGCGGCGUUGUUGGGUUUUCCAUAAAUAAAGCAUCGUGACUCGCUCUGUAAAAUUCAGGUCCGCCAUGUUGAGUUGAAACCGGCAAGCAGCAGAUAGAAACUCCUCCUAUUUAAUGACGUGGUGAGGUGAGCAGAGCGUAGUUGCCCACUAGCCACGCGAAUUGCUGGCGAAAUGUCAGGCGAGCGACAGCACGCGAAUGAGGCAAAAAAUUCACUUAAUUUAAAUACAAACAGAAUGAAAUCCUGCUCUUAAAUUGAAAAUAUGCGCUCUGGAACUUUGGGAGGAAGACUCUAUCAGGUUUUGAGCCAGUGAAGAGUUGCGAGGCAACAGUACGUGCAGUCCCUGAACAGUAUAUAGGAUUUCAUUGUGAUAAAGGAUUGCUUGUACAUGCACCUACUACGAAUAUGUUCCAUAAUGUUACGGUUAAUGUUGUUGCCACCUACUGGUGUGAGACAGCCCAUACAACAGAGACUGGGCAUUAGUUGUUUAAAACAAUGAGCCAAAUUAAGACUGAAAAUACAACUCUUGCAACACAAAGUUUACCCUUUGUGAAACAAAAUUUCACAAUCUGUUUAUUAUAUGUUUUGCAAUUUGUUAUUAAUCUUGAUUUGACUGGAUGACUAAACAACUUGAGAUGUCAUAGUAGGUUUUAACUUGAAGAAUAAGCCAUUUAGUCAGUAUGGCAAGCAUUCAAAGUAUGACUACCUGUCUUUUUAAGACUAAAUGCUUUUUAAGUCAUAUUUGUUAUUCAGAGGUGUUUAUUUGUAUUGUAUAUGGUUGCAGAAAAACCCUGAGCCAGACGUUGAAAACACUACAAGGUUUCUGCACAUAAAAUAUACAUGGAGUUGGGCAAUGAAGAGGACCAGGGUAGGCUGAAAUGGAAAGAUUUUACUUUUAAGUACGAACUAUAGAAGCAGCAAAACAACCGCAUCAUCCAACAGGAGUGCCAAGAAGCUGUUUUUCCUGUUUUUGUGUGUUUUUAGCGACUUUUGAAAAACUUCAUAUUGGUAAAAUCCUCCAUUGGAGUUCCAGAAUUUUUUUGUCCUGUUAAUUUUAGUGCGUUUACUUCAGUUGACUUGAAAAACGAGUCCUGCUUUGUCGUUGUUAGCCUGACUCUUCCAUUAGAAUUCCUAAUUAAUUUUCUACACUGAGAACUCUGUGACUGCUGUUUGCAAAAUACAAAUGAGGUCUCCUUAUAAAGUAGAAAGAAACUAUUGCAUUGAAUGUGAACGCAUAAAGGUUGCCAUAUUAGUCCCUUUAGAUUGUUCCACUGUGACGCCUCCCCCUCAUGACCCAUAAAUAUCCCCUCAGUGCGGCACCGACAGUGUUAAAGAGGGCUCAGCUCCGAGUCUCCUCCUUCUAUGUAAAUAUCAGUGUAAGUGAGCGGGACCCGAGGCGGAGAGAGCGCUCCCUGAAUGAUGAGGAGGAGGAGGGGGGGGGGGGGGAGUUGCCUUCACGGAUGUGCGCCCCUCUGCUGCUCGCUACACGGAGGUGUGCGGUUCUCUCUCUCUCUCUCUGUUCCAGCCUUUGUAUCUGCUCGGAGAAGAGAAUCCACAGGACACCUUUGGAUGCAAUCAUGUCACGAGCCCCGUGCCGUGCCACGAGAGCAUCGUCUGAAUAAUACAGGCUGUUAUAACCCACGCAGGCGACAAAAGGACAUUAAGGAAUAAAGCUAUGGGUGGGCAGAUAACGCGAAAUGCCUUGUACGACACCCUUGGAGGCCCGUUCCCGUCCACGUCACACCGAUGUCACCACAAACCCAAAAGGUGUCUGCCCAUCCAGUGUGGCAGUGUUGGCGGACCUUUUCCGGUCAGCCCGCUACUUUUCCAUCCAAACACCAAGGGAUCCCAAAUAGUCAUGGACCUGGCCCAGAAGACCGUCAAGAGGCAGGCCAGUUUUUGCAACGCCAUCACCUUCAGCAACAGGCCCAUUGCGCUGUAUGAGCAAGUCCGCCUCAAGAUCACUAAAAAGCAGUGCUGCUGGAGUGGAGCUCUGCGUCUAGGCUUCACUUCCAAAGACCCCUCCAGGAUCAACCCAGAGACCCUGCCCAAGUAUGCCUGCCCCGACCUGGUCUCCCAGAGCGGCUUCUGGGCCAAAGCCCUGCCUGAAGAGUUUGCCAAUGAGGGAAACGUCAUCGCCUUCUGGGUUGACAAGAAAGGCAGGGUCUUCUACCGUAUUAACGAGUCCAGUCCUAUGCUGUUCUUCAGCGGAGUCCGCAUAGCUGAGCCCCUUUGGGCUCUCAUUGAUGUUUACGGGCUGACCCGUGGAGUGCAGCUGCUAGACAGUGAGAUCGUUCCUCCUGACUGUCUGCGCCCACGGUCCUUCACCACAGUGCGCUCCUCCUCCCUGCGGCGUGAGGUCGACGACUCUCGCCUCUCAGUCAGUCUGUGCGAUCUUAACCUGCAGCAGGAGGACCGAGGCCCCACCCACUCUCACCGCCACACCCUCCACCUAGCCGCGGCAUCCUCCUCCUCUACCUGCCCCAUCCCCCAGAACUCCCUAAACUCACAGCAGUCAUCUCUGCUGCCAUCUGCCCUGGAGAGCGACCUGCACUUCCACCAGCUGCGUGGCGCACACAUCAAGACGCUCGAUGAGCAGACAGUGGCACGGUCUGAGCACGCCCGGGAGGAACGGACACUGGUCUUCACCAACCGGCCCCUGCGCACUGGAGAGACAGUCUUCAUCAAGGUCACCAAGUCCAGCCCGGCACGCUCGGGCUCACUGUCUUACGGCGUGACGUCCUGUGAUCCAGCGGUGCUGCGCCCCAGUGACCUGCCGUACAACCCUGAGGCUCUGGUGGACAGGAAGGAGUUCUGGGCCGUCUGCCGUGUGCCAACUCCUCUGCAAAGCAGCGACAUCCUCGGCUUCCUGGUCAACCAGGAAGGGGAGGUCAUCCUCAGCCACAACGGGACCAACGUGGGGAUGCAGGUGUGUGUGGAUAACUCCCGCCCUCUCUGGAUGUUCUUUGGCCUGCAUGGAGCUGUGACGCAGCUGAGGAUUCUGGGCUCCACUCAUGUCGGGGAUCCACGGGCCACAUCCAACCCCAGCUCACCCUCCUCCUCUCCACACACUCCCAGCGCCCUGGGAAGCGGCAUCUCUGACCCGGUUCUGAACGGAGGCUUGUGUUCUGCCGCCUACUGCAGCUCAGCGGGAGGAACGACCCCCAGUUCCCCGGUCAGCCUCCCCAAGUCGCCCACGUUCCCAUCGGGCCGGGGGCCGUGGUCUGACGAGUGCUCCAUCUGCUACGAGAACGCAGUGGACUCGGUCAUCUACACCUGCGGACACAUGUGUCUGUGCUACACCUGCGGCCUCAAGCUCAAGAAGAUGUCCAACGCCUGCUGUCCCAUCUGCAGGAGACAGAUCAAAGACAUCAUCAAGACGUAUCGCAGCACGUAAAGAGAGCCAACGUGCGGCUUCGCCUCAGUGUUUAACUAAGAGUACUUUGACUUAUGACCUUUUCCUUUUUUCAGGAAGGUCUCUGAAAGUGGCAUGAUGUUGCAGGUUUCCUCCUCUGGGAUUGUAAAAACCUUUUAGUGAGGAGGAAGCAGCUAAACUGAUCUCUCGUGUGGAGCCUCACUCUGUGAUUUAGGACCUGUUUGUGCUGAAGCUAACGAGUCGCUUUGGGGCUAAUUGUUUAACGGCUUCUCUACACGAUGACCGAAGCUCAGCCUGCUGCAAGUCAUCUUCCCAGUAUGUCACAACUUGUGUCUGUGAUACUGGCCGCAGUUUGGCUGUUUUUAAUCAUGAUUUUCAGUGUGUUCAGAGACAUCUGGCAGGGUUGAGUUUCCAAGUAGGAUUGUUACCUUUCUUGUACUAAAUAAUCUAUUGUACCUUGAUGGUAGUUUUAUUUCAAAUGUCGAUAGCUGUAUCGUCAUGCUAGCUAGCUGCUUGCUCUGCAGUGUAGUGCGAUGCACUGAAAUCAGUGUUUAUUGAGACUCGUCUGCUGAAACAAUCUCAAACCUGCAAACUCUGCAGCUCUGAUUUCUGAAAGAAAACACAAACGGUAAUUUGGUUACUCCUCAGGGCCAGCUGCCAUUUCUCAAUAGAAUCCUUUUCCAAAUUCUACCUAUAAAACUCUACCUGACACACUGUGAGUGUUGACUAUAAAGCGUCCUCCCCAUCACAACAGAGUCGAAGGAUUGUUGCCAUCUGCCUCCUGCCUUAACACACAGAACCUGUUCUGUGUUUUGUUUUUCCAAAAUCCCAGAUCCAGAACCAAAUGAUGCUGCUUUAUAGCACAAACUGUCACUCAGAGGAGAAAAAAAGCACACAAAAUCAAACUAUUUUUGUAGAAAUCCAUUUUCCUUAUCAGUCAUUUUAAAUGUAAGAUAAAUGUAACACUUUGUGACAGAAGAUUCAUCAGCAGCAGAGAUCCUUCACUGAAACUUAAGAGGAAGGAAAAAGAAAAGGAGAAACUGAUUAUUUCUUUGAAUAUGUCAAGGAUUUAUAGCCCUGAAUUUUUAGUAUAUCAUUUAUAUUUAUUGUAAAAUGUAAAUGUAGUAAUAAUUCCAAGAUUUAAUAGCUCAGGAAACAAUAAAAGAUUAUCAUGCAGUCUGUCUUAAAUCUAUAUAAAUACAACCUCCUAGAGACAACAAAGCACCAAAAUGGAACAGUUGCACAUGAUUUUCGACGGAAAGAAGCAGCCAAGUGCUGCUAAUCAGAUGCAGUGAAUAACUGGUCAAAAGCAGACAUUAACUUUUUUUUAAAUAUAGAACUUUUGGUGGUUCUGGAGUGUUCACUGGCUUUUUAACACAAUGCCAAGACGAAAAGACAUCAGCGACAACUGAGGUUGUCCAUGAGUUUAGAACUGUAAGAUAGUUUCCAAACUAUUUUAUUCUAAAGAGAGAUAUAAUAUUCAAAUGGAGAACAAUUUGGACAGCUGCCAAUCUACCCAGGAGUGGACAUCCAAGCAACUUCAUCCCAAGGUCUGACGUUCCAGUGGACAAAACAUCCAAGAGCUCCGUCUGAGACUCUACAUGCCUCAGAUGGCCUUUUAAAAUUUAUAACAGAACAAUCAGUUCCUGAAAGGUUAGAAAGCUGCAACUGAAUGAAUAAAAAGGGUUCCAGAGCAAUGUCCUUUGGAUGGAUGAGACCAAAGUAGAGAUCUUAACCCAUAAUGCACAGCACUGUGUUAAAGAAAAAGAUUACGCAAAUCAGCACAAACACCUCACACCAGCUGUCAAACACAGUGGUGGUGGGGUAAUGAUCUGGGCCUCUUGCAGUGAACAAGUUGAUCAUGAACUCUUCUGCACAUGAAAGUAUUCAAAACUAAAAUGUAAGCUCCUCUGUCCAACAGCUGAAGCAUUGUCCAAACUAGGGAAACCAACAGAACAAUGAUCCCAAACAGAGCAGUAAAUCUAGAUCAGUGAUGGAAAAACAGAAGCAUCUAGGUGUCGAAUUCAGAUGAGAGUAACAUGGUAGAUGUUGUAGUUAAUCUGAGGUUGCAUUUACUUCCUUUUAAGACCCUUUGAAGGCCAGAAGAUUAUAAGUUCUGACAUGUAAAAUUGUAGAACUGAGGGAGUGGACCAUGUCAUCUCUCAAGAAGCUCUACGGCUGUGUUUUAGUUUCGUUUUGUAGAUAAUUAAUUAAUGGGGCUCUAAUUUUUUUGCUGCUGAUGGGAAUAUUUUACAAAUCCCUCCCACGUUAUGGUUGGAAUUCGCUACUGCUUGAAGUGUUAAUUCACAUUUGAAUGUUAAUUUAUGAGUUCAGAGAAAUGUAUUCAUUUAAACUGAGGAAAAAACCUAUUUGUGUUAUUAUUUUUAAGUUUUCCUGGAUUGAUUAUUAUUCUCCUAAGAUUUCUCCUUUUUUUCUCCUUUAUUGAAACCAUGAGAUCCAAAAUGUAUUUGUUUGUACCUGAUGCUGUGGAGAGACGUUUGCAGUACAAUCAAAACCAGAUUUCAGGUGUUCUUUUGCUGUAAUUGAAGGUGUUUAUUUAGCUGCGUUAGGGACCCUUACUCUCCGCCUCUGUGUUUAUAGCACCUAUUAUAUCAGUGUAUGGAUAUGGAAAUGUCACAUUAUGAGGCUACUGAUUGUAAUCUUGUGUUUAGGCCAGCGUUGCUCUCUCCUUAUUCUGUGCAGACCAAAUCAAAACAAGGGACAUUUUUAGCACAGUUGUGUUUGGAGCUGCCCUCUGUUGGAGUAAAACCCGAAACUGCAGUCUGCCUGUCAGACAUUCACCUGUAACUGAUUUUAUACUUUCAGUGUGAUGCUGUUUUUCUUAUCCUUCAUGCACAGAACUCAAGACGCUCCUUGAAUGUUAUGAACCUGUAAUGUAAUAUUUAUUUGUCCAUCACUGAUGUGUGGACUGCUUUUGUUAAUGUGUGUUUGCUUUUUUUCCUGCAUCUAUUCGAUGGUGAUGGAGAUCGGCUGUGUCCACUCACUCACACCGCUGCACAUUUACACUUUCUUUAAAUCUCACCAUCACACCUGAGAUGAAAGUUUCCUUUUGUUCACUCAGAGGGAACAUCGGGACCAAACGUAGUCAAGCGUCAGAGCUUAACACUGUAGGCGUUCCUGCAGAAAGGGAACCAGAGGCUGAAAAAAACAACGUACAUGCACUCUGUUUGGCUUUUUCUUAAUGUGACACAGCGGCUGAAAUCAUAUACAAAGCUGUAUUUUGUUUCUUUUUCAUUUAAAGCAGCAGUGUGAGUUGGAUGAUUGUGGUUAAUAAACUUUCCAGAUGUGUUUGAGACAAA